AGGACGUGAUCUCUAUCAUACAUCAACAAUGUCUGACACUGAACAACCAAAGGAAGAAAAGCAAGAUUCCACCACUCACAUCAACUUAAAAGUUUCUGAUGGGUCUGCUGAAAUCUUUUUUAAAAUCAAAAGAUCAACACCUAUGAAGAGAUUAAUGGAGGCGUUCUGUAAGAGACAAGGUAAAGAUAUCAACAGUUUACGUUUCUUAAUUGAUGGUACCAGAGUCUAUCCCCACAACACUCCAGAUGAAUUGGAAUUGGAAGAUGGUGAUACCAUUGAAGCCCAUCGUGAACAAACCGGUGGUGCUUUGUAGACUAGCUGGACUAUUGUUUUAGAUGUGUUUCGAAUUUUUUUUGGUUAUGUAUUGGACUGAAUGAGGGGUGAACAAGAAAUUAGUCAGCUGAAUUGGUAUGUUGUAAUUUCCAUAGCACCUGUAGAUUCCUAAUGAUUUUAUAGAUGUUGUAUAACUAUAAAAUAUGUUAUUAAAUCUGAAUAUAUAAAAUCAUG